AUGGAGAUUGUAGCAGAUUCAGAAUUAAAUUUGGAUAUCAUGCCUCCUCGAAAGUAUAUGUCUGGACAUGAUAAGCGGAUAAAGAAACAAAAAAUUGAAGAAUUCAAUCGAUCUCAAGCGGGAGCACUUGAAAAAUUUAUUACUUGUAGUAGAAAUAUAUAUUCUAAUUCAGUUCAAGAUUCGGUGAAUGUUGAAAAUGAGCAACCUGAAAAUCAAGAAAGCGAUGAUUUGGUUAAUGAAAAUUUGAAUGAGAAUAGAAAUUCCAUUGAAGAAGGUGAAGAACAUGAAGAUUCUAAUGAGAAUAGAAAUUUGAAUGAGAAUAGCAAUGUAAAUGAACAUGAAGAAAAUGUAAAUGAACAUGAAGAUUUGGUACAAGAAGAAAACCUUGAAAGAAGGCCUUCAAACAUAAAUGACCCAGGAAAUUGGAAAAAUAUUGAUCAAAGAUUGAGAGACUUAUUGGUUGAAAGAGGUCCCAAAAGAAAUGAUAAUCUUGAUUUUCCAAAAGAUUCAGAAGGUAGACAUUUCUCCUCAACACAUUACAUUCAUAACUUAUCCAAUGGUGAAUAUCAUGAUAGAAAAUGGCUUAUCUAUUCAAAUUCUUUGGACAAUGUUUUUUGUUUUUGUUGUAAGUUGUUCAAAAAUGAUGCAAACAAAAUUCAAUUGGCAAAUGAUGGAGUUAGAGACUGGAGAAAUCUCAGUGCCAGACUUAAAAGUCAUGAAACAAGUAGUGAACACAUUGUUAACAUGAAGAGUUGGAUUGAAUUAGAGAUCAGAUUACGACAAAAUGCGACAAUCGAUAAAAGUGUUGAAGAACAAAUCAACAAAGAACGAGAACAUUGA